CUAUGUUAGCCCUGGUUUCCGUACUAAAUCUAGAUACACGUAACGCUCAACACAGCAAGUCGUGUUUAUCACUGGACCGCUCUUCCCUGAAUCAUCAAAUCAACUUGGCUAAUUCUUUUCACGCUCGACCUCCCCUUGGUACUCAAUUCUUGUCGUCAAGUAGUAUCAUCAACCUGCUGAGUAUUUCAGUGAGCCGAAACCGAAUAUAGAGUCUGUUGAAGUACGGAUUGGUAAAUUACAUUCGUCAAUCGAACGCAAAGCAGGAAAGAGUCUGCGACGGACGUUUUCUCCACCUAUGAUGCUUUCCCAUGGGGAUUCAUUUUCCUUACAUACGCGGUACAAGGGAUGGUUUGGGGCGAAGACCAAACACGAAGACAUCUUCCGCGCGUAUCAUGAAUCCAUCAAGCUUCAUAAAGAAAUCAGGAUCGUCGUCAACCUUUCCAGGAAGACAACAACCGAGCAGGCCGAGCGGUCUGUCCCUUCUGGCCAAAGCCCCGGGCUUCUCCCUACCACUUCCGGAAUAUCCCAGGGCUGUCCUCGAUUCCGAAUUCUGGUGAUAGGAAAGACUGGCGUCGGCAAGUCAUCGCUGAUCGGCAGCGCAUUUAGAGUGGGAAAAGAGAUCGUUGCGCACAAUAAGCCAGGCGACGCCAACAUCGACGAUGAGGUCAUCUCAUCUCAGAACGACAGGUUUGUUCUCCACAAUAGCAAAGGUUUCGAACCAGGGGACCAAGACAACCUCAAAAUAGUCCGAGAUUUCGUCGGCCCCGAUCUAGCGGCGCGCGCAACUGGAAGAAGCAAAGGAGAUGGUUUUGUUGGGGGGGUGGUUAAAUAAAUGGACGAUGCGUUUACACGCUUGUCACACAUCGAUGGGCCUUCGCUCGAGCUAAUGGAGUCCGCACGCUCCCAAAUAUUCAGAUAUUCUUCAGCCCAAUCGAAUAGAGCAAGCGCUGUUGCCUGACCUCGCGGGUGCGCUAGGCAAAGCUAGAGAGCUUUCUAAAUGCACAGCAUGCACCGAAUCAGCGGCUUCUCCAAGGAGAUUGAUAGAGAUAGAUUG